GCCCACAUUAAAUUUACAGUUUCUACCACUUUUAACAAGAUUGCAAUUUAGCUAAAGUCUAAACCACCUGCGAAUUCUCUUCUCCACUCCGGUAAAGCCCUACAGGCGUCCUCUCCUUUCUCCCCCAACUCACUAGGUAAUUAAUCAAGGAAAGAUGGGGAUCAUAGAAAAGAUUAAGGAAAUUGAAUUCGAGAUGGCUCGGACUCAGAAAAAUAAAGCCACAGAAUAUCAUUUGGGUCAGCUCAAGGCUAAGAUAGCAAAGCUGAGGACACAACUGUUGGAGCCUCCGAAAGGAGCUAGUGGAGGUGGUGAGGGAUUCGAAGUUUCAAAAUACGGUCAUGGCCGUGUUGCACUGAUAGGUUUUCCCAGUGUUGGUAAAUCCACACUUUUGACUAUGUUGACGGGAACACAUUCAGAAGCUGCAUCAUAUGAGUUCACCACGCUUACCUGUAUCCCUGGUAUUAUUCACUAUAACGACACAAAAAUUCAGCUGCUUGAUCUUCCUGGAAUUAUCGAAGGUGCAUCUGAAGGAAAGGGUCGUGGUAGGCAGGUUAUUGCGGUCGCUAAAUCAUCAGAUCUUGUAUUGAUGGUUCUGGAUGCCUCUAAAAGUGAAGGGCAUCGGCAAAUCCUAACAAAGGAAUUGGAAGCAGUUGGCCUGCGUUUAAACAAAACUCCACCGCAAAUCUACUUCAAAAAGAAGAAGACUGGAGGAAUUUCUUUCAAUAGUACAUUACCCUUGACUCAUGUGGAUGAGAAGCUCUGCUAUCAAAUAUUACAUGAGUACAAGAUUCACAAUGCCGAGGUUUUGUUUCGUGAAGAUGCAACUGUGGAUGAUUUGAUAGAUGUCAUUGAGGGCAACCGCAAGUACAUAAAGUGUGUAUAUGUCUACAACAAAAUAGAUGUCAUUGGUAUUGAUGACGUGGACAGAUUAGCUCGACAACCCAAUUCAAUUGUCAUUAGUUGCAAUCUGAAGCUCAAUCUAGAUAGACUGCUUGCAAGAAUGUGGGAAGAGAUGGGUCUUGUUAGAAUAUAUACAAAGCCUCAAGGCCAGCAACCAGAUUUUACAGACCCGUGUGUCCUUUCUGCUGGUAGAGGUGGCUGCACUGUUGAAGAUUUUUGCAACUACCUUCAUCGGAGCCUGGUAAAGGAAGUGAAGUAUGUGUUGGUGUGGGGAACAAGUGCAAGACACUACCCUCAGCAUUGUGGCCUUAGUCAUGUUCUUAAUGAUGAAGAUGUGGUACAAGUGGUUAAGAAAAAGGAGAAAGAAGAUGGAGGUAGAGGGCGAUUUAAAUCACACACAACAGGUCCUGCUCGCAUUUCUGACCGAGAAAAAAAGGCUCCUUUGAAGACAUGAAGUGGUGGUACCGGUGAGUAACCUCUACAAAUCCCUUCUACCUAUGUUCGGAGGCAGAUGAUUGUAUACAUAUUGGAGGGAAUCCCAAAUACUUUCUUGCAAUGCCCUGGUGAAGCUGAAUCUAGAUUGCGAUUUUCUCCCCCUGCGAUUCAAAAUAGCCAUUCGUCAUCGCUCAGACUUUGACAAUUGUGAUUUUUGUGUUGAUGUCUGCUAAUGUACAAGACCUAAGGCGACAAUAUGUUGUACGAGUUUAUCUUUAUAUUUAAGUUAUGUUGUUUCGUUCCAGUGUUAUAGAUACACAUUGAGCUGCAUACUUGGAUGAUUUUUAGUAUUAUAUCAAAAGCUAUGCCGGAGUGAUUCAUCU